ACGUGUUGCUGUGAGCCGGUGCCGUGUGGUGAAGGGGAGGGGAGGUUCAGACCGGGCAGGACACGCAGGUAGCGCCAUGGAGGGACGUACUUGUCAUCGUUUCUGCCUCUAAUUCGGGGUCGGCCGGGAAGAUCGGGCCAGCCCGGUUAGUUCGGCUAGCUCAACCCAAGCCUGCGGAGCCGCGUGGAGCUUCAGAGCGUCGCCGAUCCCGAAAUAAAGGCAUCCGGAGCCGAAAAGGAAGAGCGAAGUUGGGGCCUACCCUGGUCUGUGGUCCGGCCAUCUUGCUAAGGACGUUACGCUGUAAGCUGGGUGAUUCACGUCUUGCGCAACACCGUCCGAUCUUGAGACACAGUCACUAUUGCCACGGAGGAUCGCAAUUUCUCUCUGGAAAUUUUCCAUCGCAGCUGUGACCGCCACAUUGUCACCAAGGACCGAGGUUCGUCACAAGGUUUUUGGUCUUUUCUCGUGGCAUAAUUUUUUGAUAGCCACGUUGCGUUGCCAACAAAGAGAGCGGGGUGUGUUUUGGGUGCAACGUGCUCAACACGGAACUCGCUUCGCGAACUCUGUAUUUCUGAGGAAUUUAUUCCUUUCCAACGACUACAACGACAAAGACUCGAUGUUCGAAUCGUUGUGACAUUUCUGCUCAGUGUUUUGCCAUUUUGCUGCUACGCACAACCGAAAAAAAAAGCCUCGCUGGGACUGACUGUUGUCUAUUGUGAUUGUGAAAUCCACACACGAGGAAAUUUCCUGAUUCAACAAAAAAGGACUUCACCGUUUCCAACAUUCCAACGAAUAAUUUCUCGGCACCCUCGCCAAAAAAAAAAACUACGUACUGUGCAAAUUCAGCUCGUAAUUUUGUUGCAAUAAUAUUUCUUUAGUCUCGUCUUUGCAGCGGAUUUUCAAGGAGAAAGGAAAGAGCAAAAGCUCCUUAUGAACAUAUACCGCUCGAACCCCAUCCCUAUCCAUGAUGAGAACUAUAAGACGGUACCGUUCGACCCACCACCCGAUCUAAGUUGUUCCCCCUCUAGCCCCGUUCUCAGUCCCAGCAGCCCGCCAUGCUUUCCACAAGAGCAGGAAGAAAAUGUCUCGGUCAUCGGGCAGUAUCUGCUGACAAAGCAGCUGGACGGAGGCCUGUACGAGGCUAUUCACACACUAACAGAAGAAGAGUAUGUGUGUAAGGUUCUAGAGCUGAGUCGUUACCGUGAGGCCAUGGCAGCUAACUUCAACGUUCUACCUCACGACAACGUCAACCAGGUCACCGAGGUCAUCCUCGGCGAGCGCAGCGCGUACGUUUUCUUCGAGCGCAGCCACGGCGACAUGCACUCGUACGUACGCAACAAGCGACGGCUGAAGGAGGAGGAGGCGGUCUGGUUGUUUUUCCAGAUCGUGUCGGCGGUGGCACACUGUCACGACAACGGUGUCGUCCUGCGAGACCUCAAGCUGCGAAAGUUCGUCUUCCAAGACCCUGAAAAAACUCAGCUGAAGCUGGAGAGUCUAGAGGACACGUACCUCCUGGCGGACCCUCGGGACGACCGUCUGAGCGACAAACAUGGCUGCCCGGCGUACGUUAGCCCGGAGAUCCUCAGCACGCAGGGCAGCUACUCAGGAAAAGCGGCCGACGUCUGGAGCCUCGGCGUGAUGCUGUACACCAUGCUGGUCGGACGCUACCCGUUCCACGACACUGAGCCGCAGGCGCUGUUCACGAAGAUCCGGCGCGGGAUUUUCACCGUCCCGGAGGGAAUCUCGUCCAAGGCGAAGUGUCUGAUUCGUAGUAUGUUACGCCGCGAACCGUCGGAGAGACUGACCGCGAGAGAAGUUUUAGAGCACCCGUGGUUCAAGGCAAGCUUUCCGAUCAGCGUUAGCGGGAAGGCGGAGCCGAAAGUACCCGACCAGAUUGUCCCUGAUUGGUGCAUGGAGGAGGAUGAAGCCUCCUUAUUCAGCUGACUCAGAUUCGAAGCUAAGAAAACCACACUGAAAGUAGCAUCAGAUUCAGAGCCGUGAUAGGCAUUCAUUCAUUUUUCAGUUCUUUCAUUUCAUGUUUCAACAAUAUUGCAGGGAGAGAGAGCAGUUUCAUUUGUAGAGUGGAAGAAUGGAUACAGUAGUUGUGGACGUAUUGUUUUCUUGGUUAUUGUUGUAAUACCACUUCUGGACAUACCAAGUUGUAAGUUAAAAAGUCAACUGAUCAAAGUACUAUACAGCAAGAGUUUUCUUUCAGUCCUACGAACAGAAGUAUAAUAAUAGCGGGUUUAUAUGACUGCCAUUGUUUUAAACUUAAAUUAUUGAAAUCAUGAUCAUUUAUUUUCAUUUCUUUUAAUUUGUAACAAGAAAAAUUGAAUAUUGAAAGCAGGGUCUUGAAAAAUUUAAUUAAUUUAUAAAGCCAAAAUGGAUAUAAGAGAGAAAAAUGUGAAAAAGAACAGCUUUUUCCCACUGCCAAGUAUUAAGAUGUAACAAAAUCAUGUAUAGUUUGUACGUAAAAGAGAAUGUUGUGUACUUGACUUGUGAAACAACAAACAAUAUCGCUUGUAAAAUGCACAGAGUUGAUACACAUGCAGCAAGAGUACAACAAAAGUUUGUUUACAUCCCAACCAUUUUUAAUCAUCCCCAUGGGAAAAAUGGAAUAACCCUUUACUCAGUUAUACAUGAUACAUCUGGAACAUACCACUCAAAACUAAAGGGGUGGCUAGCUAUCAACAAUGCAAGCAAAACUGACAAGGCAGUACAAAGGCUUCACAUUCGAGGACCACGAUAAUCUUAGUUUUUUAAAAACAAAAAGGCACCCCCGUUACAUAUCAAGAGUGGCAUGUUCCAUCCACUCGUUUUGUGUUACGGAGGCUCGAACCAUUCUUGUAGGAAGGGGUGUUCCUACUGCCCUCCAGCUCUCUACACUGUGUGUAGGAAAAGGCACGUUUUUUGUCCUGUGUUUUGGGACGGAUGCCCCUUCCUUUUCUAGUCAAAACAGCUUUUCUUCUGAAGCCUACAAAUGCCCCCCUCCCCACAAUCUCUAGAAAACGAGAGUUGGGGAGGGGGGCGGGUUAUACUAUGAAAGAUUGUACAGUUACUUGUCAGCACAAAUAUUGUGUGAUGUGAACAGCAAGAGUUACAUGUCAACCUGCAACAAUAGAUGUACAAAAUAUGACACAGGUUUUCUAUGGGUUUCUGCUAUGCUGGACUGUGCACUGGGUUUGGGGUGAAAAAAAGGACAAUUUUAGACAAAGUUGGGCAGUGUCUUUGGUGAUACUUUGCACCAAUACAAAACUUCUUCACUGAAGAAA